AUGUCGUUCCGCGAUAAGUUUCGUAACUUGAAGCGCAGUGCAAGGUCCCGAAUCAAUUCAACAGGUUCGGGAUCCAGCACUGCUCAGCUUUCAGUAGCUUCGCCGCGUGCAACGGAGCACGUCGAUUCUGGAGUGCCUCCCUUGGACGCAGGCAUAGGUACCAUAGACUCGAACAGUGUAGUUUCGCCGGACCUUCCAUCACUGGAUAAACUAGCCAUAUCAUCGCACUCUUCAGACGCUAGUGAUUUGCGUUCGGAUCCACAGGCACAGGACUCUGAACCCGCGAUGGCAACUGCGCCUACUAUUGAGAACCCGAUGGUCCAGUGGGAUCAUCUAAGUGGCCUCCUUCGAGUGCUCAAACCCAUCAGUGGGGCAAUUCCUCCACUGAGAGCUUUGUUCGAUCAAUUUGUGGAAUGUAUUAGGAUCUAUGAGAGCGCUGCGAAAGGACACGAGGAAUACACCCGUCUCCGAGGUGAACUCGAGGACUUAUUCGAAGAACUCCAGAAGUGUUUUGUUCAAGCGCCGCCACCAACAAUUACCAUCAGUGUGGAGAGGCUUUGUAGGUUAAUCCAGCAAGAACUCAGCAGCGUUCAAAAGCCGCAACCCAGGGCUCCGUUCCGUUACCUAGACGCCAGUAAUGGGUCGGAAGAGGUGUUGGCGUGCUACCAACGCAUACAUCAGUACUUACAGCGCCUAAUUUUCAACGUGAACCUAUCAAUAUGGAAGACCGUGGAUAAUUUGGUAACGGACAACCGACUGAAGCUACUGCCCGCUUCUUUGGCGGCUUGCUAUAAUUCCACAAAAGCGGCGGAGCUAAAACGCGCAGAAUGUGCCUCAAAUACACGUACGGAUGUUCUUGCUCAACUUCGCAGCUGGACAUACACCAAUGGAACCGAGAAUCUUUUUUGGUUGAAUGGAAUGGCCGGAACUGGAAAAACUACUAUAGCAUAUACAUUAUGCACCGAGUUGGACUCAGACCGGAAGCUUGCCGCAAGCUUCUUCUGCUCCCGACUAGUGCCCGAGUGUCGAGACAUCAAUCUAAUUAUUCCAUCAAUAGCAUAUCAACUUGCACACGUAUCCAAACCCUUCUACUACGCGUUAUCUCGAGCACUCGAAAGAGACCCAGAUGCUCAUGCACGAUUACUUCACAUUCAAUUCGAUACCCUUAUCGGUUCUCCACUAGCAGAAGUAAAAGCAACACUACCUGAAAAUAUGGUGGUUGUUAUUGACGCUCUUGAUGAGUGUAUCGAUAAAGAGAGCACUGGCCAAAUCCUGGACAUCCUGCUUGCUAAUGUCUCAAAUCUCCCAUUAAAGUUCCUGAUAUCUAGUCGACCAGAGCCCGAGAUACGGGACAAAUUGGAACAGAGAGGAUGGAUCAAUUCCCGGCUUGUACUCCACGAAUUGGACAGGAAUACUAUCCAGAACGAUAUCCAAACAUACCUCAGGGCAUCCCUUGCUCCAAUGGAUUUAUCAGAAUCACAAAUCAUCACGCUAACUGAACGCUCAGGGAUCCUAUUUAUUUACGCCGCAACAGUGAUACGAUUCAUCAGUUACGAUAAUUUUCGCCGAAAUCCUCGUGCUCGUCUGAAAACCAUUUUAAGCGCAUCAACUUCAAGCCAAGGUUUCCCACUCAGAGAUCUUGACCAAUUGUAUACGACGAUACUGAAAGAAGCACUAGAUAACCCAGACCUGACUAUAGACGAGCAGUACGACAUCAAGGAGAUACUCUACACAGUUCUAUGUUUCGAACUCAUCAAGAAUACCAAACCUCAAUUCAAUAUAUGCAGAUUGGAAUCAUCGUUCCUGGCCGACCACAAAGUAGCCAACCUGGAGGAACGAGUUGAAAACGCAGUUUCGACGGAGUUGUUUUAUGCCUGUCGAUAUUGGGCGACUCAUUUACAAUUCACUGGUACAUCUUUUAGUCUGGCUCAGGAUCUGGAAGACUUCUUGUCGAAAAGGCUGUUGUUGUGGAUGGAAAUCAUGAAUCUAAAAAGAGCUAUACAUUAUAGCGGGACAAUUCUCAAAUUAGCCGAAGACUGGAGCAAGUCAACGAAAUCUUCUAAAGAGCUUGUCGAACUGGCCCAUGAUUCUUGGCGUUUUGCAUCAACAUUCGCUCUAAAUAACGUAUCGAUGAGUACACCUCAUCUCUAUGUCUCAAUGUUACCUUUCUGGCCCCCUAAUAACCCAAUCUCCAAAUGUUACUCAAGUCGUAUGAGGGGAGCGAUCAAAGUACAUGGCACAGCAACAACAAGAUCCCAGUUCGCUCUUAUAGCCAAAUGGAAAGUGGAAGAAAAUCUGGAGGCGAACUCCGCCGCUUUCUCAUCCGACGGAACCAGAAUUAUUGUGGGAGCCGGCGAGAGGGUAUACAUUAUGAAUGCGUUCAGCGGAAAGAUACUCCUCGCUCUCAGCAAAGGAAAUAAUAGUACGGUCCGUUCUGCAAUAUUGUCUCCCGAUGGAAAUCUUGCCGCAGCCUGCUCCGCCGACAGAAGCGUUUGCGUAUGGGAGGUUCGAAAUGGACAGAGAAUAUCUGACGCGUAUGAAGGAGUUUCUGGCUCUACAACCUCAAUAGAAUUUUCUCCAGAUAGCUCUCGCAUAGUUUCGGGCUCGAAAGAUGGGACUGUCCGGGUAUGGGAUCCAUUGACAGGCCUAAUGUUACUUGAACCGCUUGAAGGGCCUCGUACUCCGGUCAUGACCGUUGCGAUUUCCUCGGACGGGUCUUUUAUUGCUGCUGGGUAUCGCACCACAAACAUUUGUCUUUGGGAUUCCUGGACCGGUAAAAUUAUCACUAUUAUUCUUGCUGGGUCUGAUAUAGUAACGUCGGUUUCGUUCUCGUUCGAUUGCACUCGCAUCGCCUCUGGGUCAUUCAAAGGCCCCGUUAGUGUGUGGGAGGUGCAGACAGGAUCCAUGAAACUUGACCCGCUUGAAGGACAUACCGGCUAUAUAACCUCGGUUAGGUUCUCGCCAGAUGAUAGACAUAUUGUUUCAAGUUCGGAAGAUCGAUCAAUACGCUUUUGGGACUCCCAAGACGGGACUCUACUAAUGAUUAUCGACGGGCAUACCAACCCUGUCACAUCAGUAGCAUUCUCUCCUGACGGUGCUCAGGUUGUCUCAACUAUUUCGAGCUCAUCUAUCAGCAUCUGGGAUGCUCAGAGUCAAUACGAUCACUCCAGACGUUUAGCAGGGCAUUCAGAUUUCAUUAUCUUCGUUGAUUUCUCUUCUAGUGGUACCAACAUAAUCUCUGGUUCUUGUGAUGGAGUGAUCCAAGUCUGGGAUAUCGAAACAGGAGAAUCAAUAUCGCGUUUAACCGAGAGCCAUAGAGAAAACACAUCGUCUAUAGCCCUAGCACCCAACGGUGAUAUGAUUGCCUCAAGCUCACACGACGGGGCGAUAUAUCUGCGAGACGCUAAGAACGGUCAAGUCCCCCUGGACCCUCUCGAAGGACACUCUGGCCACGUAAUAUCAAUCCAGUUCUCGCCUGACGGUACUCGAAUUGCUUCCGGAUCCACCGAUAUGACUAUAUGCGUUUGGCGCACUCAAGACGGACACAUGCUAAUUGGCCCCCUCAAGGGCCACACCCAUUGGGUAAGGUCGAUAGGGUUUUCAGCCGAUGGAGGGCGAAUGGUGUCCGGGUCUGCGGAUAAGACCAUUAUAGUUUGGAACUCUCACAAUGGUCGAAUACUUCUUGGUCCCCUCCUCGGACACAGUAGCGGGGUAACGUCGGUCAAAUUUUCGCCCAACGGCACUCAUAUUGUUUCUGGCUCUCAUGAUCACGCUAUAUGUGUCUGGGACGCUCAGAGUGGUCAACUCUUAUACAACCCGCUCCAAGGGCACACUGAUGUUGUCUCAUCAGUUACUUUCUCUCACGACGGUACCUGGGUGGCGUCGGGGUCUUUCGACAAGACUAUAUGUAUCUGGAACGUCCAAAGCGGACAACUGGCAUUAGGCCCAAUAAAAGGACACACCAAUUGGAUUUCAUGUAUCGCAUUUUCGCCUGAUGACACCAAAAUUGUAUCCGGAUCCGACGACAAAACCAUCCGAGUGCAUGAUCUCAAGGCGUUGAAUCCGAUGGUAAGUCUGCUUCAUAUAAGUUUGAGUGACAAUCUCAAGACUAACCUCGAUAUUUUCUGA